AUGAUAAACCCUAAAAAUCUUGCAGCCGUCAAUUUUCGUUCAUCUUAUUCGGUAGCUGCUGUGACAAGAUGGUCUCAAUCAUCUUCGAGAUUAUUUUCGUUUGCAUCACCCAUCAGAUCAUCUAAAAACCCAACAUUAUCUGCAAGAUUUUUCUGCCAGUCACUUUUUUUAAGAAACAAUAAUAUCAGUAACACUAAUACUACCGUGCAACCCCAAAACGAUCAAAGACCCAAAGACACCGAAAACGAAAAGGUCAAAAGCACAUACUCAAUAUUACUUGAUAAACGACCAUUAAAAACUCCGAAAGGAUCACCGCUUACAAUCAAACAUUCGCAAAGAACAUUAGCAUUAUUAUUAGCUGGUGAAUGGGAGUCACAAGAGACCGUGUUAAAACAUCAUUCAUUGCCAUUGACUUCACUGGUUUCCAGAGCUAUUGAUACUUUCGAGGAUCGUAAUUCAUCAGAACGUCAACAAGCAAUUACACGUUUACUUAGUUAUCUUGAUAAUGAUACUCUGUGCUACCAACAAUCCUAUCCGGAGUCAUUGGUUGAAUUACAAAAGCGACAUUGGGAUCCAUUAUUAAGAUGGGCUCAAAAAUUCUAUGAGGUCGAAAUUAAAGUCACCAAUAGUAUUAUGGGUGUGAAACAGUCGGGAAGUACCAUGGAAAAAUUGAAAAAAGCUGUCGAUGAAUUUGAACCGUUGAAAUUAGCUGCUUUUGAGCGUGCUGUCAUAACCUCCAAAUCAUAUUUGAUUAGCUUAGGUUUGGUGGAAAGGCAAAUAAAUGCCAAACAAGCAACGGAAGCUGCUCAUGUCGAAGUGGAAUCCCAAACAAGACAAUGGGGCAUAGUUGAAGAUGCCCAUGAUGUCGAAAAUGAACACGUCAGGUGUCAAUUAGGAUCAGUUGCUUGUAUGUUAAUUGAUAGAAAUUCCUAA